AUGGAACUCGGGGAGAUGGACUUCCUGAAAGCCCUCUCCGACAAUAUCCACACCCCGGCGGAACUGUUGAGAUCCAGGCAAGGACAAGCCUCAAAACCGCCGACUGUUCUCUCUGACGCCGCGCCUAUAUUUUCACGCACUGACCAAAAUUGCUUCAGAUUCGCAGCCCAGAUGAUGGAUGGUAUCCAUUUUAUGCAUUCCAAGGGCAUCGUCCACGGCGAUGUCAAGUUGAUCAACGUCCUCCUGGUGAAGGAAGGGGGGCACCAUACCGUGGGCAAGUUAGCCGACCUCGGGCUGGCGCGCGGUGAGACUUUGGGCACAGAGCCGUUUAAUACAGCAUAUCGUUUCUUCCAAAUCUCCGAAUUUCCACUCCGUAGACCGUUGAACCUCGAUUUGCGGCCGAGGGAAAGAUGGAAACUUGGAAUUUUGGAAAUUUGGAAACCACUGGCACCAAAAAUUGGUUUCUUAGUUUUUCUCACGCGGAUUCUUACUUUUUCUCACAUGGAUUGACAUUUCUCAGCACACACAAACCCCACAGCAGCCACCACUAGCUUCAAAGACGCCUACAGGUGUGGUGCGUACAGCCUUCAAGUUCUGGUGACGACCCGACAAUCAUGGAGGGAGAACUCUGUGGUGAUGUGGUGAGAGGU